AUGAGUUUCUUGCCUGUGUUUUACUUGGAUGACUCUGUCGGGCCGUCUCUGCUGAGGUUCACGUGUGCAGAGCUCACCAGGGGCUACUUCCUGGAGCACAACGAGGCCAAGUACACUGAGCGGAGGGAGAGGGUGUACACCUGCAUGAGGAUCCCCAAAGAGCUGGAGAGGUUGAUGAUCUUCGGGUUCUUCCUGUGUCUGGAUGCCUUUCUGUACGUGUUCACCCUGCUGCCCCUGAGAACUUUACUGGCCUUUCUGAGGUUGUUGACGAUACCCUGCUGUGGCCUUGGCGCUAAUGUUUGCCCUUAUUGCAGACGGAGCAGCCUUUAUAUCAAGGAGCGGUUCACCAAUUCUGUAUUGCUCCUCAUCGUGUGCCUGAGGAACAUGGAGCAGUUUUCCUGGAACUCAGAUCACCUCUGGGUGCUGCUCCCUGACGUCCUUAUAGUAAUCAUGUCUGAGGUUGCAGUCGACAUUGUCAAGCACGCCUUCAUCACUAAAUUCAAUGACAUCACAGCCGAUGUCUACAGUGAAUAUAAAGCCAGCUUGGCCUUUGAACUAGUCAGCAGUCGACAACAGAAUGCCUACACAGACUACAGCGAUUCGGUGGCAAGAAGGAUGGGCUUCAUUCCUUUACCUCUAGCUGUACUGUUGAUUCGAGUGGUGAUGAGCUCAGUGAAGAUCCAGGGCGCUCUCUCAUCUGUCUGUCUGCUCCUCUUUUAUCUUGGAUUGAUAACAAUGAAAGUGUUGAAUAAUAUAGUUAUUCUGGGCAAGUCCUGUCGCUAUGUGAAGGAAGCUAACAUGGAGGGUAAGCUGUUUGAAAGACCGACUGCUCAAACCUCAAAACAAACUCCCAAGAAAGCCAACCCCACCAAAUCUCCCCCACCCUCAGCUGAGCCUAAAGUGCAGCAACCCUCCACCUCCAUCACCAAGCAGCCGAGCCCAAGAGCGAAGCCUUUUCCCCCGGCUCCACCUCCUGUAACUGAGGUGACCAGUGAUUCGCCCCCAGAUUCUCCUCCUAAACCAGAGGAGAGCAGUAGCGAGACACCACAGUCUACUGAACUUAAACACAGAGCCACCAAAAAAGAUCUGUUGGAGAUUGACCGCUUCACAAUAUGCGGCAACCGAAUCGGGUGAACUUUAACCCCAUCACCAUAGUAACUGCUCAGGAACGAAAGUGGAGAAGACUCAUAGUCUGAGUCUGACAUAAUUGACUUUCGAGUGAGUUCUUCAGAGGUUGCUACUAUGUAUCUCUAACUGGAAAAUUACUCGAUUUGCCGUCCUCACUUCUUCUAUUCCUGUGGAAUAUUUGUCAAAGGAAGCAAUCUUGUGCGUAAAGCAUUUUAAAUCAAAACAAAGAGUCUCUUCGCCCUCGGCAGCCAGGCAUAUCAACAGGGUGUAGAAUCUAGUGUUGCUUAGGAUAUGUUUGUCUCGAUUUCAACAGAGACAGAACAUCUUGAACAAUAAUUGAGGCAUGAACUUCUUACAAACUAGACUUUUCCCACUAGAAAUUUGUCUUUGAUUGGAUACUAAAAAGCAUAUAAUGUAUUAUUAGUUUUAAAACACUUACAAAAAAAACAAUUGAGCAAUUUACAACUGAUUCGUAUAAACAGAUAAUGUUGUAUAUAUUCACACACUUUUUACUAAUAUGCUAAACGAGUUUGCCAAUAAUGCUGCCAUUAGACUUGAUCAGUCUGGCAAAUAUUUGUUUUUAGAACUAGUAAAGGUAUUAUUUGUUUCAGUUGAAGUCUGUAUCGUAACAGAUACAGUUUUUCAUUUUCUUCUUAAAAUUUUCUUUAAAACUCAUGACUCAUGACCAGAAAGGGAAGGUUUGGCUAAUGCCAGGCUGCUUGAUAAUUCAGCUCUGUACAAUAUACAUGGUGCCAAUCCAGCUGAUUUAACUUUGCACUGAUUUACCACAUUGUCUUAAGAUGUACAGAAUAUUUUUGUUUGAAGUGUGAUAUUGGCUUAUUUACACCAGCUAUGAAAGCAAAUAACCGUUUCAUAUGAAAUGUAACAAAAUUAGAGCUUUUUUUAUGCACAUUGUUAGUGUAUUUUGAAAUUCAAAUAAUCUGUGACCAAUCCUAUACUGAGACUAUUGUUUGAUAUAAUUAAUAUUUUGUUGUUUUAAAUGUAAUUAAAUUAUUAUCCAGUAAUUAAUAGUUCAAUAUCAUGUUGAUACUGUUUUAUCAUGUUGAUACUGUUUUAUAAUGUUGAUUGGAAGUUGAUUUUGCAGUGAGGAAAGUUGAAUGUCAAUCUAAGUCUGUUCAGCCUAUGUCUAGAAUUUACCUCCAGUACACAGUCAUGAGGUGCAAAGGUACCAAAUGCCAAGGGACUUGAAAAAAUGGAUAUUCCAUCAUUCUCUUUUGACUGAAAUGUUUUUUAUAAUAAUACCUAAUAUCUAAUACCUUAAUAGAAGUGUUCCUGCCAUGUUUUGAAAUGUGCAUAGUUUGCAUUUCAGUAUAUUGUAUUUUAUUUUAUUAUCCUUGUAAAAAUCUAAUGACUUUUUUGGAGAGAUUCUGAACAGGGUUACACAGGUUGUUGUCCUCACGGUGUGUUCUCAUUUUUUGUUUUUUAAAUAUACCAUAAUGUUUCAAGUAGGUUCAUACGUAAAUGUUGAAGACUAAACCAUUUGUUUUUAUGUAAUGCCAUCCCUGUUCUGGG